AUGGACAACAAUGAUUUUGUACUCGUAGAAAAGCAAGUGACCAGCCAUGAUAUUGAACAGAUACAAAUCUGGCUGUCCCCAACAGAGUUCGAGACGGAGGGCAGUGAAUAUCAGAAACACCUGAGUGCCCAUGCCUCCGGGACCGGAGACUGGCUGUUCCAUACAGAUCAGUACCGGACUUGGCAUGAUGCAAACAACAACACCUUAUGGCUUCAAGGCAUACCCGGCAGUGGCAAGUCUGUUAUGGCUGCAAAGUUGAUUCGUACCUUCAAAGAAGAAGGUAUACCGGUACUGUUCUUCUUCGCUCGCCGAAUCAUCAAAACAAACAGCGAACCUCGGCAGCUUGUUCAAGAUUGCCUGUAUCAACUUUUAGGUCAUAGUGUCCUGCUUCAGGCAAGGCUAAAGGUGCUUUUGGCUCUACACCCUACUGUCGAUAGCGUUCCAUUCCAUGAGCUCUGGAACCUCUUCUUAUUCGGCAUUGACACUGUUCCCAAGGUAUAUGUAAUAUUGGACGCAUUAGAUGAGCUUGCGAUCGAGAAUGAUGGCUUUCUUCAAUCGUUACAAAAGCUUGGGCAACGGAGCCCGGAAUCAACCAAGUUGAUAAUAACCAGUCGCCCGGAAGCUCAUCUUCAGACAGCGCUUAAAUGCACCUUCCAGAACCGUAUUCGUCUUACAGGGGCAAUGAUUGAGCAGGAUAUUGCCACAUACAUAGCUCACCGUCUAGGUAACCAGCAAGAUAACUCUGCUGUGGUCGAAGGUCAGUCAAUUGUCCAGGAAAGGCUCAGCCAAAAAGCACAAGGCUUGUUUCUCUAUGCCCGUCUCAUGCUCGAUCAGAUUCUUUUGCAAUCUGAGCUGCCACUGGAGAACCAUUUACAGCGCCUCCCUAGCUCACGGGAAGAAAUGUAUGUCAGCAUAUUGCAUGAACACUCUUUGCGUUCUGGUGCUAGCCAACACUUUCAAUGUUGGCUACUCUCAUGGGUCACACACGCUUGCCGUCCACUUCGGGUCACGGAAUUAGCAGCUUUGGUCAAUGCUUCCUCUGAUCGCAGCGGGAUAAGUAGCUCGCAGGAUGCAAAAGCCAUGAUACGUAGAUCAUGUGGUCCACUUCUAGAGAUCUUAGAUAACGAAACUGUGCAAGUCAUUCACCACUCAUUUACCGAGUUCCUUUUAGACAGCAAUCGCAAUACUGCGAUAGCUCCCACCGAAACUAGCAACCGGUUUCCCGUCUUAACACCUACCUCAACCCAUCGCUCUCUCACUCUCUUAUGUGUUGAUUAUCUGUUAUCUGGCUGUUUCAAAUCUUGGUCAUUGUCUGAGCGUCCGACCCAGCCAGCGGACCAUGAGCCAGACCGCAAGCAGCUAAUGGUCCAUUUCCCAUUCCUACAGUACGCAUCGCAGAACCUACUCUAUCAUGCAGCCAAGUGUGAUGCCAGCGACCCAGAGUUCAUAUUACAAUUAGAUGCUCUCUUUCAGAAUGAUAAGCACAGUUUCGAAAGCUGGAAGGACUUCAUAUUUGCAAAAAAGAACCAGACAGUCCCCGAUAACUUUCAUCCACUUCAUCUCGCCGCCCAGGCUGGCCUAUCGGCAUAUACCCAACAUCUCCUAAAGGCACAUGGGGACCCGGAUGUUGCUGAUUCUUUUAAUCGGACAGCAGCCACUUAUGCCUGUAUGCAUGGCCAAUUUGAGACUUUUGCUGUUCUCUUAGGUUACAAUGCCUCAUUUACAACCAUCGAUAUCGAUGGUUUAGCACCCAUUCACCACGCAGCGAGGGGUAACCACGUCAAGGUCGUGCAACGUUUACUUGAGGCUGGUGCAGACCCCAUGUCUCCAAAGUCCUGCGAAGACCAUGGCUACUGGAGGUGGAGUCCAUCUACAUUAGGGAAGACACCGGUACAAUAUGCGUGUGAGCUAGGCCACACAGCUUGUGUCUUGGAACUGCUACGGAACCUGGAUCUCCCUUCGAUGAGCUCAAUCCUUCCACAUUGGGCGUCUGCUACAGGUCAAUCGAAAACUCUCGAAGCUCUUCUUAGGCACCCCACGGUUUUGGAAAACUUGAACAAGCGCGACAGCUAUGGCAACACAGCUUUGUUCCUAGCUGCGCGUCGCGGUGACCCGGAGACAGUUCGUAUUCUGCUUCAUUAUGGUGCCGACGUAAAUGCGAGAUCGGCCAAAUUGAGACAGACUCCAAUCCAUGGUUGGACAGCCGCCGGAUAUAGAAGUUGGAGUGAAGGGGACGUUUGCAGCAUCGAGGAGUGGAAGAGAACAGGCAUUUUACUGAUCGAAGCAGGUUGCGAUCUUGAAGCAAAAAAUGAGGCCGGUCAGACUGCACUGUUUGCCUGGACUAAGCAAACAGAGCGAUUCGUGGAGCUUCUCCUCCAACAUGGUGCCAAUCCCUGUGCGAUUGACAACAAGGGAGAUACACCCCUGCACAACCUAUUAAUAGUUAACAUGAACUCUAGGGUUCUCAAAUUGUUUGUGAAAGCUGGAGCCAACAUCAACCAUGGUCGGCAUGGAGAUCUUGUAACGCCUCUUAUCUCUGCCGCGAUGAAUCGAAGCCUUGAUGCUAUGCCUUUCAUCGAAAAUGGGGCGGACCCUAACCUUCAAGACUCGGAUGGCAAUACGGCUCUGCAUCACAUUUGCGCAUCAUGGAUGCUCAAGUACUCCCACGUGCAGAAAUGGCUGGAAUUCGCAGAUCCCACGGUCAAGAAUAAAGCCGGAGAAACCUGUUUGUAUAAACUAGCCUUUGGAAACGACGGUCACGAAAGAGUAAAGGCUAUCUCAUUGUUCACGGAGAAAGGACUAAAUCUUGAAUCUCGAGACCGAAGGGGAAGGACAGCCCUACUUGCUGCGUGCGCAAAUGCGGAGCCACACUUCAUCAUUGGACUGCUUGAAAAUGGUGCUAAUGCGAAAGCAUUAGACUUUCAUCACAAGUCGUGCCUCCACUUAGUUGCCGAAGAAGAUUUGAAUUCAACCCUCAAAAUUAUGAAACUACUCAUGCAGGAAGGGGUUGACAUCAACGGUGUCGACUUGGAUGGAAACACUCCAUUCCAUGACGCUGUCGUAUCAGGCGAUCAUUUCGUUCCCCUCCAAGCUAAACUCGAGGUAAUUCUUGGACUGGGCGGGCUGGCCAACGCAACAGACUAUCGAGGGCAAACAGUUCUACACAAAGUUGCCAAUCUUACUAACCCGAGCACCUGUGACCGGAUAGACUUCCUCUUGCAACCAAGUCUCGGCUUGGAUGUGAAUGCACGAGAUAAUGAAGGUCUUGCGCCUAUUCAUUGUGCUUCUUCAAAAUCGGAAAUCAUCACAUGGAGACUUAUACAGGCAGGGGCAGAUAUGCAGGCCCAGUCAGAUGACGGUCGAACUCCGCUACACUUCGCGGCCGCCGCGGCGCAAAGCAGCUCCUGGUCAUUGGACCAAAAGGAUAAUCAUGGGAAUUCUGAGUGUGUCUAUCACCUGUUGCAGGUUGGAGCGAAUCUAAACAUCGCAGACUGCCACGGGAGGACCCCGCUGCACAUGGCUGCAGAGCAUAAAGUCGAUGUGGCAGCACUAAGGAAACAGCGUAAAUAUAGCGGAGGAGAGUUGUGGGGAAGAACUAUUAGUGGUUCUAACACAUUGGGACCUUUCAUACCCCCAAUGUUGCGGGACCAGCUACAUGAUGCCCAUUGGCAUCUGAGCUUCGCUAUCGAGCGUGAAGAAGAAGCAUACAUGAUGCAGGAUAUUGUCCGGUUACUCCUCUCUGGUCAAACUGCUGGCGAUAUCGCUCUACAUCUAGGUCACGAGGAUAUAUGGAAUUUGCUCUCAAUUCGCACACAGCAGUGUGAACUAACAGCCUUAAUGGGUCAGGUAUGCUCGUCGAAAAGCAUGCGCGCUGAGGACAUCGUUCAAGCUCUUAGUCUGGAAAAGGCAGACGCCUAUAGCCUUCUUCAAGCUGCGAUAUCCUUGAGAAACGAGGCUUUACUAGAUGCUCUACUAGGUGCUGGAGUAGACCUGAUGACCAAAGGCCCUGACGGGAUUACCCCAGUACACUAUGUUGCGCACUGGGGUCUUUUAUCCAUGAUGAAGACUAUGGCACCGUAUGUCAAGGAUAUUAAUGCUUUCUCUCCCCCGCUGCUUCACGUUGUAGCGGGUCGAAAGUUAUCCAACUUGCAGAUGAUGACUAUGUUGAUAGAAUUGGGUAUCGAUGUCAAUGCUUCAUAUCAAGAGCCGUUCGAUGUGGACUUCGACGAAUUCACUGAGAUAUCAGCCCCAGAAUAUACGGCUACACAUAUGCUCGCAGCGGGCAGGCAGUGGUGGAAUAUCGCAGCACUCGAGACUCUCUGCAACGCAGGAGCAGACCUUGAAAUCACAGACUCGGAUGGAAACACCGUCCUACAAUGUGCGCUUUCCGGCAAAAGCCACGGUCAACGUAAACAUGGCUUCUGGAGGGAUGAGGCUCUAGAGGUGGUUCUAAGGCACGGCGCGAAUAUCAACAAACUAUCUCCCAGUAAGGACUCCACGCCUCUUCUCGUGGCAUUAGAAACCAACCGAGGUUGUAAACUCGUCCAGAGGCUUAUUGACCACGGCGCCGAUAUCAAUCUGGGCCAUGUACCGGCCUUAUUUGCUGCCAUAGAAAGUCGCGACUGUGAAGCUGUAGCCGUGAUCCUGAAUGCUGGUGCGGAUGUCAAUGCGGUAUACUACCCAAAGAGACGAUAUGGGACAGGUCCCAAGAUGGAAACGCCGCUCCUAGCUGCCGCCUUGGAACCAAGAGAAGUUGGAGAGACGAUUAUGGGCCUCCUCCUGCAGAGGGGAGCAAAUCCAUUAUUGGAGCUUGAGGAGAGCAACAGCACAGUCCUCCAUCAGAUUGCCUACCACCAUGGCCGCAUUGGGCCCAUCGUAAAAUCCAGGCCAGAUCUUCUCGAAGCUACAGACCGCAAGGGCCUUACCCCCUUACUGAGUGUCUGCUCCUCCAUCGACGGAUGUUACACAGGCGACGAGUCGACAUCAAUUGAACUGAUACGUGCCGGCGCAAAUUUUAACGUAACAGACAAGGAUGGCUCAACCCCUCUCCACCUUGCCACUCGCUCAGGCAAAUGCAAAACCGUCGCCAUGAUAUUAGAAAAAGGUGCACCCUGCUCUACAACCGACAACGCCGGCCUGUCCCCUCUUUACUACGCACUCAGUUACUCGAAUACCAACGAAAGACUUGAAAUGACCAACGCAUUGCUUGCCGCCGGUGCAAAUCCCCUCAUAACAGGCCCGAACGGCGAAUCAGCACUACACAUUCUCGCCCCGCUAUUAGUCUAUUAUAGCUCCCCAGACCACAGCUACCGACCAGAAAAGGAGAUUUACCACCAAGCUGAGCUGAAAGACCUCUACGUUCGCUUCGUAGAAUCCGGCUGCGAUGUCAAUGCCCGUGACGCCCGGGGAGACACUCCCUUAUUCCCGUUUGUUCGGACAAUCAAGGAGCGAGACGAAUACGGUAUCGGCCCACCACCUGCCGAAGAGGAUGUCCGCCAGAUGUUCCAAGUUCAUGAUAUAUUUGCGGUUAAUGACAAUGGGGAUACCUUGCUACAUGCCAUUGCCGGGCGGGAAGACACUCGUGAGAGUGAGAGUGAGCCCGAUGGCGUGUGGUUGUUCGAGGAAUUGAUGGCGCGUGGCUUGGAUGCUAGGAAGGAGAAUAAGCAAGGCCUGACGGCUUUGGAUGUUGCUGCAGCUCGUGGGAUGCAGGGGAUUAUGAGGCUAUUUGAGAAGGAGGAGUAG